AUGCUCCUAAAGUGGAUACCCGGUAUCACUCUCCUCUACAGUGCUCACACACUCGCUCAAACGACAACAUCAUGUAACCCCACCGAAAAGACAUGUUCCGCCGACAUUGGUCUCUCAGUUAGCUCAUACACACACGACUUUACCGCCGACGGCGCCGACGACUUAGCCUGGAAUGUCACAUCUGGAAGCGUCACCUACAGCAGCAAAGGCGCGGCGUUUACAGUCAGCAAAUCCGGCGACAGCCCAACCAUAAGAUCCAACUGGUACAUUUUCUUCGGCCGCGUAUCCUUUGUUAUGAAAGCGGCUUCGGGCACCGGCAUCGUUAGCUCCGCGAUCCUGCAAUCCGACGACCUGGAUGAGGUGGACUGGGAGUGGAUUGGCGGCAGCGCAGACAAGGCGCAGACAAACUACUUCGGCAAGGGGAACACGACGACAUACGAUCGCGCCGCCUGGUCCGCUACUUCUGAUACACAAACAACAAGCCACAACUACACCAUUCAGUGGACGCAGAGCGCAACGACAUGGUACAUUGAUGGCGUCGCAACUCGCACCCUGAACUACGCCGACGCCGUCAGCGGGCGGAACUACCCCCAAACACCCAUGGAUAUCCGCAUCGGCAGCUGGGCAGGCGGCGACUCAAGCAACAGCGAAGGCACGAUCGAGUGGGCGGGCGGCGCGACAGACUACACCCAAGGCCCGUUCACAAUGUAUCUCGAGAAGAUUGAGGUCGAAAACUACAACCCAGGCGCCAGUUACACCUACAGCGAUACGACGGGCAGUUACGAUAGUAUCACGGUUGGAAAGGCGUCCUCGUCGUCAGUUGCGAGCAAAGCAUCAAGUACGAAGACUAGCACAGCGUUGGGUGCGCGGUCAACAACGGAUGUCCCAGCGCAGAUGGCGCAAAUGACAUCGGGUGGCGGUCGGGGAUUUGCCAUGCCUGGGUGGCAGUAUGUCGCGAUGUUUGCAUCAACAGUGCUGCUGGGUAUGCAGUGGUAA